UAGGCUGGGCGCGGCCGGCGCUGCGGACUGGGUGCUGCCGUCCGCGUCUGUGCGGCCCUAGGGCCCUCCGACCCGCCGGCGCCAUGGGCAACUGCCACACAGUGGGGCCCAACGAGGCGCUGGUGGUCUCAGGGGGCUGUUGUGGUUCCGACUAUAAACAGUACGUCUACGGCGGCUGGGCCUGGGCCUGGUGGUGUAUCUCCGACACUCAGAGACUGUCUCUGGAGGUUAUGACCAUCCUGUGUCGCUGUGAGAAUAUUGAGACGUCGGAGGGGGUCCCGCUAUUCGUAACAGGGGUUGCACAGGUGAAGAUCAUGACAGAGAAGGAGCUUCUGGCUGUGGCCUGUGAGCAGUUCCUGGGCAAGAACGUGCAGGACAUCAAGAACGUUGUCCUGCAGACCCUGGAGGGACAUCUACGUUCCAUCCUCGGGACCCUGACCGUGGAGCAGAUCUACCAGGACCGGGACCAGUUUGCCAAGCUGGUGCGGGAGGUUGCAGCCCCUGACGUGGGCCGCAUGGGCAUUGAGAUCCUCAGUUUCACCAUCAAGGAUGUGUACGACAAAGUGGACUACUUGAGCUCGCUAGGCAAGACGCAGACUGCAGUGGUGCAGAGAGACGCCGACAUUGGUGUGGCUGAGGCCGAGCGGGACGCGGGCAUCCGGGAAGCCGAGUGCAAAAAAGAGAUGCUUGAUGUGAAGUUCAUGGCAGACACCAAGAUUGCCGACUCCAAACGAGCCUUUGAGCUACAAAAGUCAGCCUUCAGUGAGGAGGUCAACAUCAAGACCGCCGAGGCCCAGCUGGCCUAUGAGCUGCAAGGGGCCCGUGAGCAGCAGAAGAUCCGGCAGGAAGAGAUUGAGAUUGAAGUGGUGCAGCGCAAGAAGCAAAUUGCAGUGGAGGCGCAGGAGAUCCUGCGCACAGACAAGGAGCUCAUCGCCACUGUGCGCCGCCCCGCAGAGGCCGAGGCCCACCGCAUACAGCAGAUCGCUGAGGGUGAAAAGGUGAAGCAGGUCCUCUUGGCACAGGCAGAGGCUGAGAAGAUCCGCAAAAUCGGGGAGGCGGAGGCGGCGGUCAUCGAGGCAAUGGGCAAGGCAGAGGCUGAGCGGAUGAAGCUUAAGGCUGAGGCCUACCAGAAAUACGGGGACGCAGCCAAGAUGGCCUUGGUGCUGGAGGCCCUGCCCCAGAUUGCUGCCAAAAUUGCAGCACCACUGACCAAAGUCGACGAGAUUGUGGUCCUCAGUGGAGACAACAGCAAGGUGACAUCAGAAGUGAACCGGCUACUGGCCGAGCUACCUGCCUCCGUGCACGCUCUCACGGGUGUGGACCUAUCGAAGAUACCCCUGAUCAAGAAGGCCACCGGUGCACAGGUGUGAGGCUGCCACAGGCCCGCGCCUUUCAGCAGCCACCCGCCCCCCCUCCAGCACCCGUUUUAACACCACAGGAACAACGGGAACGUUACUGACUCUGGUGCCUUAUUUUGUAGGGACCAGAAGUGCUGCGUGUUUAGGCCAUCUCUGGCUGUCUUCCCUUCUCUCCUGUGUCUGUCUCCUUUUCCUCUCUUCCCCACAUUCUCACUUUCACUGCCACAUUCAUCUAGUUUGUCUCUUCCAUUCUGGUCUCCCCUUUUGUCUCUUCCUUUGUCUUUUUCUCUCCCUCUCCUCCACCCUCUGUGCACAUCACGUAGCCUAUGCUGAAGAUGUUUAUUAUAAUCACUGUCUGUCUGUGGGGGGUGGCCCUGCUGCUCCUCAGAUCCUGGUGCCUUGAAGUUCUCUGUGCAUCUGCCCAUCCUCCCUGUGGCCCUGGCCAGAGCUCAGCAGGAAUUCUGGGUGGGAUGAGCACUCUCCUCUGUCCUGGCCUGGCCCUCCCAGCCUAAGCCCUGCCCUGGGGAGCCCACAGUCUCACCCAUUCCUGCCCCUCUAAACCUGGGUAACCCUGGCUCUUCCCUACCCCAGGGGCACAGGGGCAAGGGUCUUCUGUCUAUAGCAGCUCCCUCACUUUACUACUGCCUUAGGAGGCCCCUGCUUGUGCUCAGGGAAGUCCUCUUCAUGGGCCUAUCCCUGCUACGUGGGGUGGGGAUUGGUCCUAACUCUGCUAAGUUUUUCUGAGAUCAGGAUCUGGCCCUGCUGGGGACAAGAACAUGUGUAGACCCUCUUCCUGCUAUGGCUGCACUGUCCCGGGUACCAGGCCCUUCCAGUGGGCAAGGCUGUGCCAACCCUAUACAGAAUCAAGUGCUGUAAACCUAUUGGCCAGAGUCUCCAUGUGCCCUCCUCCUGGCCGGAGUGAUAGGGUUCUGGCCAUAGGAAACAGCCCACUCCUCUGUCUCCUUGCUUCAGUGGAGGCAGAGGAGCCCAGAGCCCAGGGCCCACACAUCCUGGCAGGGUUGCUGUGGGUAUCCCAUAGUCCUAGUCCCUGAUCCCUGGACCUGCCCCAACCUGUGUUGCUCUUCCUGCAUGUGGAUGCUGCAUGUCUGGUGUGGGACUUGGAUGUUACACUGCCCCACUGCCUGCCCUUUCUGGUAAAAUAAAAAUCUCUUCUGCCUAUCUUCUGUGCUCUGUCUCUGUGACAGGAAAGACUGGGAACCAGGAACUAAUCAGGUCUGUCACCCAGCCUCAAGGCUGCUCUCAGCUUGUUCUUCCCUACCCUUGCCACUGGGGGGCAUUAGUACACUGGCCUUGCCCACCUAAAGCAGCCUGGGGCAUGGUGGUGAUUGGCCAAGAUGCUGAAGUCAUUCUUGACUGAGCCCUGGGAGACAUUGGCCACAUUGUAGGCAGAAGGUGGAGAGGGCAACAGGCUUGGUAGUGUAGCCCACCUCCCAGGCUUGAGGGCAUGAACUCUGAAGACAGGCUGCUUGGAUCUCAGCUUCACCUAUGUAAUCUUAGACAAGCAGUUUCAUCUUUCUAGGUUUUAAUCUUUUUAUUCAUUUUACAAAUUUAUCUGAUGCUUGCCCUGUGCCAGGCAUUGUGUUAGAUGUUGGGAAGACUACAGUGCCUUUUACAGUUUACAUGUAGGUCAAAAUAAAAUAAGAAAAAUUGAAUGUACAGCACACUAGGUAAUGGUCAGUAAUAAUGAAGAAAGAAAAACAGGGAAGGGAAUUGGAAGUUGGGGAAGGUGCUGAGACGUUAGGAUCCAAGGAAGGAUUCAUGGAGAUGGUGGCACUGAAGAAAGUAAAAGAAUGAGCCAUGCAGAUACCUGCAGGGCGAGCUUUGCACCCAAAGUAUGUCUGGUGUGAUAAAAGAACAGCAAGGUCUGUGUGUUUGGAAGCAAGCAGAUGAGUGAGCAAGAAUAUUAAAAGAUGAGGUUACAAUGUGAACCUGUUUCCACGUCCUGUAGAAUCUUAAUAAAGCAUAUUUUAGGCCUUACACUGACAUGGUAAACUACUAAAGGGCCUUGAAGAGAAGAGUGAUGUCAUCUGACACAUCUGAAAAGAUUAAAAGAUCAUUCUAGGCAUUCAAGGAAGAAUAGAAAAUCUAUACAAUAAUUGUUGCUGGAACCAUCUGGGUUUGUAUGGGGAGGAAAUUAAAUCACAAUCCCUACUUCACUCCAUAUGCUGAACUAGUUUGAGAAGGAUCAGACACCUAAUGUCAAAAUAGAAACCAUAAAGCUUAUGGAAUAAUCAGAGAUGUUUUUAUGACCUUGGCAUAGGCAGGAUUUCCUUAGAUGAGAACUGAAAGGAGUUGGGUGUGUGAUGCAGAAGGUUAAGCCUUUGCUUGAAAUCUUGUAUCCCAUAUUGGAGUACUUGGUUCAAGUCCCACUCCUGUGCUUCUGAUCCAGCUUCCUGCUAUGGUACACCCUGGGAGGCAGCAGAUGAUAACUACUUGGGUCCUUGCCACCCACAUGGGAGACCUGGAUGGAGUUCUGGGCUCCUGGCUUUGGCCUGACCUAUCCCUAUCUGUUGUGGGCAUUUAGGGAGUGAACUAGCAGUUGGAAGAUCUCACUCUCACUCUCAAGUAAAUUUCAAAAAGAGCACUAAGCAUAAAAGAAAAGGUUGAUAUAUUGGGCAAAGUAUGACAGUACUUCAAAAACGUGGACAAAUUAAAGAGAAGUUUGAAGCAAGCAUUUGGCCUAACAGUUAAGACUUAUUCCAUAUUGGAGUACCUGGGUUCAAUACAUGGCUCUGGGUCCUCACUUACAUCUUACAGCUACUGCAGACAGCAGUGAUGGCUCAAGUAAUUAGGUUCCUGCCACUGGUAUGGAAGACCUGGAUUGAGUUUCUGGCUCCUGGCUUUGGUCAGGCCCAACCCUGGCCAUUGCAGGUAUUUGGGCAGUGAACCAGUGGCUGGGAGCUCAGCCUCUGUUCCCCAUUCUCUCUCUGUCUUGUAGAGAUGCUGCAUAAAUGCCUCUCAGGGGAGCACACCUCCCUGGAAUUAGAGGCACUGCCGCAGUUUCUGCUCACACCGAAAUAGGCCAGGAAUGGGCACACUUGCCCCAAAGAAAUGUGGCAGCAGGAGCAGCAGGGGGCUAAUGGACAUGAAUUGGUACCUGGAGUGUUUUCAGGAAUUUGUAAAUUUGCAGGAGCACCUAAGUGGGCCUGUCUCUGAAGAUUUGCAACACAGCUCUAUUCCUAUCUUAGAACACCAGACCAAAUUCCUUUUCCCAAAUCCUUAAGUUGAUGUAUAACCUUGCCUACAUGCCUGCUGACUUGUAGACUGGCUGGUAAUCUCUAAAUAAAAGUGGGAGCGCAUAGCUAUCCAGUGGCGUGCUCUUAGAAUGAACGCUCCCAUGUCCUGUCUCCCCAUUUGAAAAACCCGACAUCUGGCGCCCAAACAGGGACCCUUGGCACAGCGUGCGAGGGAUGGCUCACUACGCCCAGCAAGCGUUACAGACUCGUCGUUCAUCUCUUUCAAGAUCCCAGUGAGUCAUUAACAUGGGGAAUUCCCUCUUCCUGGCUCAACAGAAGCCUUCACUGUCUUAAAUAUAAAGUUAAAAAUGAGAAAGUUAUUUUGGUGCAGAAA